AUGAAUCGUCCAGUAAAGGAAAAUUUGGAUCCCAAACUCGUCGAAAACAUCGUGAAGAUAGUUUCAGCGCGAUUUUAUGUACCAAAAAAAAUUGACAGAAGUAGUAUACCAUCAAAUACACCGAUGAGGCUAAAUUGGAUGCUAAACAAACUAGUUCCUACGCGAGAAAAGUUACAAACUCAGUCAUUUAAAAACGUGUACCAGUGCUAUGGUAACGCAUUCUUUGACCGUCAAACAGUCAUGAAUCGUACAGCAAGGAACAUUUUGGAACUUGAACUCGUUGAAGACAUGGUGAAGAUAGUUUCAACGCAAUGUAAUAUACCAAAAAAAAAAUUUGACAGAAACAGUAUACCAUCAAAUGCACCGAUGAGGCUAAAUUGUACAGAAACCGGCAAAUCCAUAACCAAUGUCACAAAAGGGCCAACAAUAAUGACCACCUUCAUCGCCGUCUUCUAG